CAGGCAUCGGGGAGAAGAUGCCCGGAGAGGAGCGGCGAGCGAGGAGGAGCCCCGGCCGGCAUUAACUCUGCCACACUUCAGAAUGCAGCAACUGGUUUCCUGCCUGAGCUUGUGGCUCUUCCUCCAGCUUCCCUGCCUGAGCUCUGGGACACGUGUCGUCUACAAAGUACAGGAGGAGCAGCCACCCAACACACUCAUUGGAAGCCUGGCAGCAGACUAUGGCUUCCCAGAUGUGGGGCACUUGUAUAAGCUGGAGGUGGGUGCUCCUUACCUGCGUGUGGAUGGCAAGACUGGUGACAUCUACACCACAGAGACCUCCAUAGACCGGGAGAGCCUGCGCGAGUGCCAGCAGCUGUUUCCAGGGGACCCUUGUUUUCUUGAGUUUGAGGUUUCUAUUACAGACCUGAUGAACAAUAGUCCACGCCUGCUGGAAGGGCAGAUAGAGGUGCUGGACAUCAAUGAUAAUACACCCAACUUUGCCUCUCCUGUCAUCACACUAGCCAUUCCUGAAAACACCAAUAUUGGUGCACUCUUCCCCAUUCCGUUGGCCAUGGACCGUGAUGCUGGUGCAAAUGGUGUUGCUUCAUAUGAGCUCAUGCCUGGUGCAGAUGCCCAGAAACUGUUUGGCUUGCAGGUGGCUGAGGACCAAGAUGAGAAACAGCCACAGCUGAUUGUCAUGGGAAAUCUGGACCGAGAGCAGUCAGAGUCCUAUGACUUAACCAUCAAAGUACAAGAUGGGGGUAGUCCUCCACGAGCAAGCAGUGCGCUUCUUCGCAUCACCAUCCUGGACAUGAAUGACAAUGCACCCAAAUUUGAGAAGCCUUUAUAUGAGGCUGAACUCUCAGAGAAUAGUCCAAUUGGUCACUCCGUGCUGCAGGUGAAGGCCAAUGAUUCCGACCAGGGUGCCAAUGCUGAGAUUGACUAUUCCUUCCAUCAAGCUUCAGAUGUAGUUCGCCGGCUGCUGCGUCUGGACAGAGCCACUGGACUCAUCACUGUACAGGGUCCUGUUGAUCGUGAAGACAUCAAUGUGCUCAAGUUCUCAGUGAUGGCUAAGGAUAAGGGGGCCAAUCCCAAAACUGCCCGUGCACAGGUGGUUAUCACCAUCAGGGAUAUGAAUGACAAUGCCCCAUCCAUUGAAAUCCGUGGAAUUGGAUUGGUCACCCACCAGGAUGGCAUGGCCAAUAUUUCAGAAGAUGUUGCAGUUGAGACACCUGUUGCUCUGGUACAAGUGUCUGAUCGGGACGAGGGUGAAAAUGCUGUUGUGACCUGUGUGGUGGCUGGUGAUGUACCUUUUCAGUUGCGACAAGCCAGUGACACUGGCAGUGACAGCAAAAAGAAGUACUUUCUGCAGACUACAACACCACUAGACUAUGAAGCAGUGAAAGAAUAUGUUAUUGAGAUUGUGGCUGUAGAUUCUGGCAAUCCACCAUUGUCCAGCACCAACUCUCUCAAGGUACAGGUGGUAGAUGUUAAUGACAAUGAUCCAGUCUUCAGCCAGAGUGCAACAGAAGUGACCUUUCCUGAAAAUAAUUCUCCAGAUGACCUGGUGAUGGAAGUGAGUGCUACUGAUGCAGACAGUGGGUCCAAUGCUAAGCUGGUAUACUCCUUAGUGGCAGAACCUUCAUCCAAAGGCAUCUUCUCCAUUGAUCCAGAGUCUGGUGAAAUCAGAGUGAAAACUGUGUUGGACCGAGAGCAACGAGAGCGCUAUGAAUUCUUGGUUGUUGCAGCAGACAAAGGUAGCCCUAGCCGCAAGGGAACUGCUUCAGUUGCCAUCAAUGUCAUGGACCGCAAUGACAAUGAUCCAAAGUUCAUGCUAAGUGGCUACAAUUUCUCUGUUAUGGAAAACAUGCCACCCUUGAGUCCAGUGGGUAUGGUGACAGUAAUUGAUGCAGACAAAGGGGAGAAUGCCUUCAUUCAGCUCUCAGUGGAGCAGGACAAUGGUGACUUUGUCAUCCAGAAUGGUACUGGCACAAUCCUCUCCAGCAUCUCUUUUGAUCGUGAACGGCAGAGUACGUAUACCUUCCGACUUAAAGCUGUAGAUGGGGGUGAUCCUCCCAGAUCCGCUUAUGUGGGGGUAACAAUCAAUGUGUUAGAUGAGAAUGACAAUGCUCCAGUAAUCAUCUCUCCAUCCAAUGCCUCCUACAAGCAUAUUCUUCCUCACACUAGUCCUGGUCAGCAGGUCAUGAGCGUAGGAGCUGAAGACAUUGACUCCGGGAUCAAUGCUGACCUGCAGUACAGCAUCACAGGUGGAAAUCCUUUUGAGCUUUUCAAGAUUUCACCUCAGAGCGGAAACAUCACACUGGAAAAGGAGAUCCUCCGCAAGCACCAUGGUCUUCACCGCCUGGUAGUUCGUGUAAAUGAUAAGGGCAAGCCGUCUCGUCAUGGCACAGCUUUAGUUCAUUUCUAUGUCAAUGAGACACUGGCUAACCGCACCCUUUUAGAGACCCUGGUGGGGCACAGUUUGGACACACCCAUUGACAUUGACAUUGCUGGUGACCCUGAGUAUGAGCGCAGCAAGCAACGCAGCAACAUCCUUUUUGGUGUCAUUGCAGGCAUAGUAGCUGUCACUCUGGUUAUUGUGCUUGUAGUACUAGUGCGCUAUUGCCGUCAGAAAGAGGCUAAGAGUGGUUACCAAGCUGGUAAGAAGGAAACCAAAGACCUAUAUGCUCCCAAGCAAGGUAAUAAGGGAAACAAAGCCAAGAGUAAGGUGAAAAAGAGCAAAUCCCCUAAGCCACCCAAACCAGCUGAGGAUGAAGAAGAGACUGGUCUGCAGAAAUCUCUUAAAUUCAAUCUUAUGAGUGAUUCAGUCAGUGACAGCCCUCGCAUCCACCUGCCCCUUAACUACCCACCUGGGAGCCCUGACCUGGGCCGUCACUACCGUUCCAACUCUCCUCUGCCUUCUAUUCAACUCCAGCCCCAGUCGCCAUCUGCUUCCAAGAAACAUCAGGUAGUACAGGACCUGCCAGCUACCAACACAUUUGUGGGCACUGGAGACAGCAAUUCUACGGGCUCAGAGCAGUAUUCAGACUACAGCUAUCGCACCAACCCUCAGAAAUACACCAAUAAACAGUUACCUCAUCGCCGAGUGACAUUCUCUGCAGCCAAUCAAGCUCAAGAUCUGCAGGACCCCUCUCAACACAGUUACUAUGACAGUGGCCUUGAGGAGUCAGAAACACCAAGCAGCAAGUCUUCAUCAGGCCCCCGCAUUGGACCUCUUGCUCUGCCUGAGGAUCACUAUGAGCGCACCACACCUGAUGGCAGCAUUGGGGAAAUGGAGCACCCUGAAAAUGACCUCCGGCCUCUGCCUGAUGUAGCCAUGACAGGGACCUGCACCCGGGAAUGCACAGAGUUUGGCCACUCUGACACCUGCUGGAUGCCAGGUCAGUCCUCUCCAAGCCGGCGGCCCAAGAAUGCCCUCAAACUCUCCACAUUUGUGCCUUAUCAAGACAGAGGGAGUCAAGAGCAAGUUGGGAAUGGCAGCCCCAGACUCUCAGAAGAGCGCAACACCAAAAUGGCUAACCUCCGCCUGCUCCCUACGUACAGUGCCUUUUCCAACAGUAGCCAUGAGCCCUGCAAGGACUCCCCCAUGGAGGAAAUCCCUCUCACCCAGACCUCGGACUUCCAGACAGCCACCACACCAUCUUCCCAAACUGCCAAGCGGGAGAUCUACCUGUGAUACUGAGAGGACCAUAUAAAGUACCUGGAAAACACCACUGAGACCAGUGUCUGGAACUCAAAGACGAAUAAAAAGAAGGGACUUUUCAAACUGUGAUGCUUUAUCACUCGCAUUGGCAGUUCUGUGCCUGCCAGGUGAGAAUGCCUUGCCCAGGCCCUGGGCACAGGAACACUUUUGUAAAGUCAUUGCUCCCAGGGCAAGAGAACUGACACCAACCUGAAUGACCAAGUUCUCAGUAGAGUGGUCCCUGGAUGUCUGGAAAGAGAGAGGAAGUAACCUAGUGAAGAGGGCUUGGCCUCAUGGCUUCAGGGCUGGGGGUGGGGGGAAGGGCUUAGUUACCAAAGGUCCACGCAGACUUGGUGGAAUCCAUUGGGCACAGGGCUGAGGGCACCUGGCACAGGUACAGAGGGGAAAGCUCCCUCUCUUGUUACUGUAGACUCCUGUAAAUAUGAAUCUUAGGAAUGACAUUUGUGUCCUGCCUGAUCAAAAUAAUUAUUGUCCUUGAUACAAAAAGACAUUGAAACAAACAAAACAAAACCACAGGGAGCAAUUUCUAGCUUGAACAUUUCACCACACAGAAGAGCACAUGGGAGCAAGCACUUCCAACCAGCCCGCCCUUGCCUUCCACAGUGUAAAUAAGGAUGGGGUGCCAGCUGGUGAGGGGAGAAGUUUGUCUGGUCAGCAGGACUGGGAAGAAGGGCAUUACAGAUCUUUAAACCCCUAAUCUCUUUCCAGAUUUCAGCAACUCUUCCCAUCAGGUGUGGAGGGAACCCUAGUGCUUAUAAGUGUGGCUUUCAGUUGGCCCUCUUUUGCUCUUGCCCCAUGACCAUAGAGCUGGGUCAGUAGGAAAGUCAGAAGAGAUUUCUGUUCAUCAGGUGGUACAAGCCCCUAACUCCCCAAUAUCUCUUCUUCACCCAAGGCAGGGAAUUCCCAUGGGGUUAUUGGGCCCCAGUGCCAUGAUUCUGGCCUUGAUUUAUCUGCCUGUAAGCCACCAUUGCCUUUGUGAAAUGGAGCUUUGACUCAGGGUUGCACAGGAGGCCAGAGGCCUCUGUAUGCUGGAGUCACCCCCUCCCCUUCCUAUGCCUUUAGAGCAGAGGGUCAGCCUCAAGGGCUCCAGUAUUCUCUUCCAGUGCCACCAGUUUAGCCACAUAGUAUCGGAUUGUAGGAGCCCUGUCUGAUAUUGUAGUUAUAAGAGGGAUCCAUAAAAACAGCAAAACUACCCUUAGUGUGACUACUCCCAACAGAGCAUUCCCAAUCAUGCCUUGGAAACUAUCCUUGGUGUAAUUAACUCCACUAGUGGGUGCCUUCACCCAGACUGGAUCAAAAGACCAGUCCUGAUUGGGAAAGAGAGUACUCUUCCUCUUCCAGCCAUAUUUGAGAUGCUCUAAUGAACUGGUUCCUAAGUCACUCUUACUGUCCUUGACUUAGCUGGGCCUGACUCCAUGUCGUCUAGUGCUCAUGGCAAUCUCUUCCCAUCAAUCUGCCCACCCUGCUAGGUGGUGUUUGUGGAAUUUCAUCCCAGUGUGCAUGGAGAAUGCAAGUUCAUUAGCAUAGUCUCCAUCCAGCCUGGGGCCUUUACCCUCAAAACAGCUGAUACUUAUUGGGCCCAGCACUGGCUCCUGUAUACCUUGGGUGGGUGUUUUUUUCUGAAGGCCAUUAUGCCCUGUCCUCCUUCCUAUAUGUUGUCAUGGAUCACAGAUAUGUUUAUAGAUGUGUUGCAGAAGGUGGGCAGCUCACCUCCCUUAUUUGCUGUGUCUCUGUUCAGAUUUCUCAGUUGCAUGGAUCUGAGAAGCAGAAGAGAAAGGCAGGAAUAUCAUUCCUUCUCUUUGUUCUACAAUUAUAUGUGUGUUUGCUAGGUCUGACUGCCAGGCACUGUUGGAGUGGAGGGGGACAAGCUACACAUUGCUCAGACCAAGAAGCCAGACCAGAAUCAGAAGCUUUAUAUGGCCAUAGGAAACCACAUUGCCCCCAUGUGUGAUUUUUCCCUGCUGAGAAGACUGAUACCCUAUUAGCUUCAUCUGGGGUGGGGAUGAUUUAACAUAGUAGAAGGCAGAACGACAACUCCCCAUGUAGCAAGCUGCUAUGUGCCAUGGAAUGCUAGAAGUCUGGGUACGAGAAUCUGAGGCCUAGUUUUGAGGUCCUUGGUAACUUACAGUACCCAUGAGAGCAAAGCAUUUCUUCUCCUCUUCCCACUACACUCUUUGAGGCUCAGGACUAGUAUUGCAGCAAUCCACAGGGUGCAGUCAGGAGCAUGAUCCUGCUUAUCCACUCUGGCAUCAAAGGCCUUAGCUGCACAAAGGUGAUCUGUGAUCUAGAAGGAGUUCUAAAAUGACUGGUUCUCUCCAUGUCUAUUCAGUUGAUAGCAGGCACUGAUUCUGAUAGAUACAGGAUUCUGUCAGUCCUGUCCAGGGAGGUAAUGGACUUCAGCCACCCAUCUCUAACCAUAUACUGUCCUCUAAGACACUUUAAAGUGCCACUAUACGGUGUGGAGGGGGGCAGGACCCCUCUCUCGGUCUCUCUAUUAUUACUUCCCUACUGUCAAAGGCAUAGGUGGGAGCCAGGCUUGCUGACAAGGGAAUACCUGUAGUAUCCAGGUAAGGUUAUCACCUUUUGUUUUUAAUAAAAUGUUAUAUGGAAUAUAGGCUACAGUUUUUUUAAAAAAAAUACUUGGAUUGGUCCUGUUCAGAAAUAAUCAUGUGGCCACUUCAUGCAGAGGCAGGCUAGCUCAAGCCUGUCCCUUGUUAAUGAGUGUUCCAAGGCUGGCCUCAUCUGACCACUGCUACCCUCUUUGGACACUGUUGCGACAGGGCCCGGUGGAACAAAGUACAUGCUUGCUCAAGCAAGCUAAGGUUGCUAAUUCUCCUGCUAGCUAGGCCAAUGCCAAUGAUUUGAGUGUCAAUUAUAAACUCCAUUAAUCUGCAGUGGUCUACCAGAUGAUGUUUGAUAUCUUGACAGGAGUUCUUCAGCUUUUUCCCCCUGGGAUAUGGGAUAAAUGUGGGUGCUGAGGGAGGGAGAUGAAAGGAUGAAGCCAUGGUACCUGGUUUCUAAAGGAAAUCUUAGACAUGGGAAUGUGAGAAAUAACGUAAAGACGGGACAAAACAGGCUUUGAUAGGAGUAGUGCCAUUGAGGCCCAUGGUGAGGAAAAUUGGCAUUGCCACAGAGCAGAGAGAUCCCACAGGAUUGGAAUAGUGGGAUCAUCUCUUAAGGGCCAUGUUUCCACCAGGGAAGCUCGUUUGCACAAUUUAAAGCCGGAGUUCCUAUGUGCACAGGGAUAGGGAAUGGAGGAUGGGCACGACGAAGAUGUGUCCUGCCUGGCCUAGACAAGCACAUUGAAGGGCAAAGGGGAAUAGUUUUCAGCACUGCACUAGGACAAGCCAGGGGUAAAACCAAAGGUGGGAGGCCAGGCACAGGCCAGCUGUGUAAGAUGGAGCCAAGCAACCCCUUUGUAGCUCUUCGUGUUGGUUCUAUUUAUACGAGAUUUCAGUUCCUUGCUUGUGAUGCCUUGUUUUUUGUACAGUUUUAUGUACAUGCAGGUGUAGCUUUUUCUAAAAGGAGAAAUCCUAUGGCAGAGUAAAGAGUACCCACUAUUUUUCAGAUGGUGACCUAUGUUUAGGUACUGCCUCUCUCUCUUGCUAAGGUUGUAUUGCUCUCAAUGUGAUGCAUUUCCCUUGCACUGGGAAGGCUUUGGGCCUGGGGCUUAGUUUUCCCUAGGCACCGUGAGCACAAUUGAUUCCCUUGUAAUCCUUUUUGUUUGGAGCCGUGAGCAUGACACCUCGUGAGCCCUUUUCUGUUCUCUUCCAUUCUGUUUGUUUGCUGAGCUGUCAGAUGACAAACUCCACUGUAAUUAGCCCUCCCAAAGCUUUACAAUAAAAGUGUGAAAACCUGG